AUGUCUCUCAAUGGGCUAGAUAAUCCCGCUGUCAACGAAGCCUAUCAGACUGCCCUACAAGAAGCGGGGGGGUGGUUCCUUCUCAAAUACGUGUCAAGAGAUGAGGUGGCUCUCUUCGAUCGGGGAACGGGCGGGGUGCCCGACGUACGGAAUGCGAUCGAUGCGUUCGAGGAGAACUCCCCGCUUUACGGUGUCUUGCAAUAUCGACGGAGGAAGGUGGUACUCAGCUAUCUGCCCGACGAUGUUUCCCGCCUCGUCAAAGCCCGGACCACGGUUCAGUUUCAAUCGGUCUUGGACAGAUUCUCGCCCCACGAUGCGGUCUUUUCCUUUUCAAGCGCGUCGGGACUCAGUGAAAGCUCGUUGUCGUCUACUUGCCUCCUCCACACCGCCACGGACUCCAUGACUUCUUCGUCCUCGGGUUCUCUUCGCCGCCGGAAGUUGAUGAAGAUCGCCGAGGAUGCAGAGGAGAGUCCCAGCGAUAGAGACGUGGCAUCGACCUAUGAUGCAGGCAGUAGUAUACACCAGAGAACCUUCAGUACACUUUCCGACGCUACAGUAACGCCCUCGGCGCAUGGUGCAUCGAGCACGCAGGAGCCAUCCGGCAGCGAACAACCGGCGGCGCCCGCACCCACGGCUCCAACAGCGUCGCGGCCACCUUCAUUAGCACCGUCGCGGCCUGGGACUCGCGGCUCCGACAUGGUCCAUGGAGACUCGACUGCACAUUCCACAAUUACUCCAGACCGACCAGGUUCGUCAAGAAGUUUUCAACCCCCAGCGAUGUCAGCUACGAAUGGUCCGAAUGCCUACGUGAACAACCAAUCCUCCUCGGCGUCCAUUUCCGAACGGCCGAGCUCGUCCGCUCAUGCCCGAGAGGACCUGCCUCACCCAUCAUCACAGUCGCGCAUGUCCACGCAGUCCGCGAGACCGGCGUUUCAAGACCUGGAUCGGGCCGGCACCCCUACCAUGCCCAAAGUCAAACUGGGGCCCCGACCGUCAGUGGGCAGCAGUGGACGGCCACGGACUGCAGGGAAUACGCCUCGUCGCGUGGAACAGCGACCCGUUGCAUCACUACCGACCGGUAUGCGGUCAUCCUCCUUCCGAAAAGCGAAUCCGAUUCCCGCUCGUCCCCGUUCCCAAGGCAGCACCUCGGCGACCAUGUCUGGUGGGAAAGCUCCCCCAGUUCCCCCACUGGCAGUUCCUCCAUUUUCCAUGUCUAUCCCGAGGUCUAAGCUCUCGCCCGGCGCCAAGUCUCUAAGUGCACUAUCAUCGGCCGGGACAUCGCACGAGCGGGAGCGUCUGAUGAAGGCUGUUCAGAUGCGGAAGGCUCAGAUGGAAAAGCGGGCGGCGGAAGGGAAGAAUAGUCGAGUCCAGGAGGGUCGGGGGUCGGAACCGCAGGUGAAUGGCAGCAGCACUGAGGAUAAGGAAAACGCCCGCGAGCAGCUCGAUCGGAAGGAUCAGAAGCGAAUCGGCGUGUCGGAGUCCAGCAAGGAACCACUGUCAAGGGUUCAGAUAUCCGUUACCCCUGAGUCGGCUGGGGGGACAGCCGAGCCAGCAAUCGAGCGACCGGCGGAGCAGCCAAUCGAGCGCCCAGUUGAACAACCAGUUGAACAACCAGUUGAGCGUCCAGUUGAGCGUCCAGCCGGGCUCGACAGUGUGGCAGAGGAGCACAUGUCGGCGGAUUCUUCAGAGCCUGAAUCGGACGGUGAAACCACGGAUUCCGAAUUCGCUGGCGAUGAACCUCUCAUCACCUCAUUCCCUACUCCACGGUCGAGAAUCCUGAUUGACCGUAGUGCUGCUUUGGAGGCGUUGGAACAACGUCAGACCGCCCAAAUUCGCCCGGAGACUGAAACGGAGGUUGUCGAGGAGGAGGCCUUGGCCGUCUCCGUUGACAAUCAAACUAAAAGUGGCCCCGUCUCGCCUAGCGUGCUCAUCAACGUCCCACCUGAAAAGAAGCCCCAAAACCCCCCAGAGAAGGAAAUUACCGUCCCUUCCUCCCCACCACCCACCGCAAAGCCUCUUGUUCCUGGUGAACGAGAGGCGGAAAUAAUCAUCAAGCCGGCCGAAUCAGUUCGCCCACAAGACGUCCCUGUCCCCACCUCUCCAUCCCCCGAUCCACAGCCGACCCCUGUCCCCGAUUCUUCAUCAGUGAUCGCGUCUCCCGCCGGCGAGCCGGAGCAUGAGCUAACCCCUGAAAAUUCGAACGUGGAGCAACCGGCCGUCACCCGACAAGAUAAACCGAAGCCCUUCCUCGAGCCGAUCCAGGUACCGACCCCGGAAUAUUCUGACGACGACAAUCUUUUGUCGGACGAUUCAUUCAUGGAAGAAUUGACGUCCGCGACGGUCGAAGAGGCCAAGCCCAUCUCGGUCGGCAAGUCUCCGCUGUCGCCGGGCUACCCCAACGGUAACAAUGCCAGGACAGCCCCUGACGCGUGGAAGACUUCGCGGGCCGUGACAAACCCAAGCGCAGUUGAUCAUCAAUCUGGUGACGCGCUUGCGGCGACCGCGAACAGAUCCGUGUCGAGUCCUUCCACCGAAGUGGACGGUCCAUCCGGCCCCGUUCUAACGGCCAAAAAAGUCAACCUAUCCUCGGGAAUCUCCCAGCGCAUCAAGGCCUUGGAAAAACUUUCGAGCCAUAAACCCUCGCCGGGCUUCGGUCAGCCCUGGGCUCCGCCUGUCGCGCCCCCCUCCUUGGACAAACUCCGUAAGCGGGCCUCUGUAUCCUUGGGUGGCCCUCUGGACUUGCCAUCGGGCCCCCCGAAUGGCUCUGAUGCGUUCUCCCGAGCCUCCAGCGUGGCCCGCCGCGGGUCCCAGGCCAGUACCAGGCCUACAACGAGGCGCACCAGCUCGGUGUCCGUGACUGCCCGGAUCGUCCGGAGUCCUACCGAGUCUCGUCGCGAGUCGGUCGUGGAACCCUCUGGCCUGAGCGGGUUAAACCUCCAGGCCAGCCCGUUGACCGUCGAGCAUGACACCGGCGAGGCUCCUGAGGUUCCCAAGGCCCCCGAAGCCCCUAAGGCUCCCGAGAUUUCCGAGGCUCCCGAGACCCCUCUCUCCCAGGAUUUGACAGGCAACCACUCGGAGGUGCGCAGCAUGUCGACUUCCUCUGCCGGCUCCGGCCCUCAUGCUAUUCCUGCACCUAUGCCACGUUCCGAGAGCCGCUUGUCUGUCUCUCCCGGCCCCAAGAACGAGAGCCCACUUGGCUCGAAAUCUCCCAGUGACAUUGCUUCUUCCCCCGAGGAUAACAAGAAGGAGUCUCGCACGUCCCGCCUCCUGCGCCGCAUGUCGUCCAUGACGACAAGUUCCCGGAAAAGUCCCCCGGUGAAAGAACAGAACAUCCCCGCCGAAAACAAAAGCCCCGAGAAGCCAGCCGCACCGGCGGGCAAUGCCCAGGCAGUUGAAAUUGGCGAGCUCAAUGUCCAAUUCCCCGGCACCCUUCUCUGGAAACGACGAUACGUCCGCGUCGAGGGUGACGGAUCUUUAGUCCUUGGGCCCGGUGUCAGCGACUCGACCAGCCGUAUCGCAGUCAAGCGGUAUCACCUGAGCGAGCUCCGAACGCCUUGCCUCCCCGAUGAAGACGAACAGGAACUCCCCAACAGCAUCAUCCUCGAUUUCCUGGAUGGCCGCACUCUCCAAUGUGCGUGCGAAUCGCGGCAAGGACAAGCCUCUGUACUCCAAACACUGAUCGAUGCCCACAGCGCCCAUCGAUAA